AGUUGGUCAGCUCAAUGCGCAAGUCGGAGCAGAUGGCGCUUGUUCCCUGUGAAGCAGUGAGGAACCUCAGUGCAGAGUUGCAGGAAUCCCGCACGCGCUGGGAGGUGCAGAAGCAGCGCUGCGAGGAGGCAACGCUGCUUCUACAGCAGGUCACGCAAGAGGAGGAGAAGGUGAGGGCGGUGGUGGACUAUGCCCGGCUCAAGGUGCUGAAGCAGGUGAAAGCGCAGCAGGAAAUUGUCAAGCACAACGCAAGCCGAUCGAAGUUUGACGAGGCGCUCAUUUGCGCGUUGCAGGAGAACAUCCAAUUGAAGAAGCAGGAGCUGCGGCGGCACCAGCAGCUGCGCUGGAGGGGUCCGGCCACUGCAGGCGAGCGGGCUCACCACCGCCAGCAGGCGGCGCAAGCACAAGAGGCGAUGGCGGAGCUUCAGCACCGACAAAGAGUGGUCAGGGAAGAGCUGCAAAUGAUGAUAGAGGAUGCGCAUGGCGCGGCGCAGCGGGUUGAAGACGCAAAGGCCUACGUGGAGGUCCUGGAGGCCCAGCGCGCACCAACGCUUGCCACGUUGGGAGCGCGGAAGCAGUGCCAGCAGCAGGCUGUCCACAAGGAACAGGUCCUGGAGCAGACCUUGCGCGAGCAGCAGUGCAAACUGCAGGAGGAGCACACGCGCGGCUUCGCGGUGUGCACACGGGCUCGCCUGUUGCGGCGUGCCCAGCUGCCGGAGAAGGCGCUAGCAGGCUCCCGCCGAGCCGCGCAUGUGGCGAAGUUCAUCAAUAUGGACUGGUGCGUCACGUCAGCGGCAGCGGAGCCAGGGAGGCAGAUCUCGCUGGGUGUGGCAGAGUUCUUGCAGAGUCCGGAGGGCCAGGUGCUCCAGAACACGAACAUUGCAGGCGACUGCCUCUUCUGGUUUGAGACUCGUCGCGGCUUGCCGGGCCGAUACAUCAUCUUGAGCCGCCAGCUGCUGCACGACAUCACGGGGCCCAAGGUGAAGCGGCCUCCUCCGCAGCUCAACUUCUUCGAGCUCCUGCGGAGCUCCUUGGGAGACCCGCAGUUCACUGAUGUGGUCCUAGUCCCGGAGGCCCCCCACUUCCACGAGAAGGCGCUGGGCUUGGACUGUCUGAAGAAUCUGGAGGUCCCCACGUGCCUAAAGGACAAGCUGAGGCCCUACCAAGUUGCGGGUUUCCGAUGGCUCGCGUGCCUGGCGCACAAUGGCCUUGGGGCGGUGCUUGCCGAUGACAUGGGCCUGGGCAAGACGCUCCAGAGCAUUGCCUUGCUGAUCUACAUGAAGGAGCAAGGCCUGCUGCGGGAUGAGCGAGGCCAGCUGCGGCCAGCGCUCGUUGUGGUCCCCCCGGGGCUUUUGCGGAACUGGCAGGCCGAGUUCGCCAAGUGGGCGCCGCAGCUCAACUUCUUUGUGUACCACGGCCCUCAGCGCGCCUUGCCACCGUUCCACGCUGCUGGCUAUGACAUCAUCUUGACCACGUACGAGAUGGUCAGAAACGAUCGGCGCAAGCUGUGCGAUGUUGACAUCAUCUCCUUCUCGGCCAUGAUCAUUGAUGAGGCGCAGAGGAUUAAGAACCACAACAUCCUCGUGACCAAGGCGGUGAAGGAAGUGGGCAACAUCAUUGGCCACACCCGCAUCGCCUUGUCUGGCACGCCAAUCGAGAACAAGGUGGAUGAGCUGCACAGCAUCUUCGACUUCGCAAACUUCGGGUACCUCGGGGACCAGGUGUCCUUCUCCCGCACUUUCUCCCGCAUCAUCGAGAAAGGCCGGGACCCAGAGCAGCGCAAGGAGAGCCUGGACUUGCUGUACCGCCUGACGCGGCCCUUCCAAAUGCGCCGCCUGAAAACGGAUGAGAAUAUCCUGCCGGACCUGCCAAAGAAGAUUGAGCUAGCCGCAAAUGUGGGCCUCACGCCAGAGCCGGGGGGCCC